UAAAAAAUGAACUUAAUGUGGAUCGUGAGGACACAGUAAGCUUUGAAUCACCAUGUAGUACUCUUCAACGGUUGGGAACGUACGAAAAUUGCCAGUCACAUACAGAUGCUAGUUCUUUUUCUAGUAUAGUUUCCAGUUUAAGUGACGCUUCGCCUUCUAUGAAUGAAGACAACAGUGCAGUGGACGAGGAAUCAAGAAUUCAUAGUGGAGCAGAUCACGAGAGUCUCAGUUCAAGUGAAUUAAGUGCAUGUGAAGAAACUGGCCCAGCAAAAUUCAAACGAAAGGGGAUUUCCAGCUUUUUUAGCAGGGGAGUUUUCUCCUGGCGACGAGACAGUGGUGGACAGGGCUGCAGUCACCCUGCGUGGCGCCUCUGGGGUUCUCGCACCUGUACCUCUGCCAGUGUUCCAGCAUCUGCAGUGGCUGCAUCAGCUGACGAAUCUCAGGGAGAUACGAAGCAGUUUACGGAUGUAAUUGCGAGCAGCUCGGCGUUGAUUCUGCAUAGGAGGCCAUCUAACUUGCCUGCAAAAUGUCCAGACGAAGAACAGAAACACAGGCAUGAGUACCAACGAAUGGUGGAAGCAGCAAGGAAGAAAGAGCUUAAAGAGGCGAAACUUCGUAAGAAGCAGCUUGCCCAGCAGCUGCGGCAGGAGGAACAGCUUGCACAUGCAGCCCGCACUUGGAGUUCAGAGAUUCUGCCAAAAUGGGAUCAUAUGAAAAAUUCAAGGAAGGCCAAAGAUCUGUGGUGGCAGGGGUUGCCUCCAUCUGUACGUGGUCGUGUAUGGCAGCUUGCAAUUGGAAACGAUCUAAACAUCACUCCAGAACUGUAUGAUAUAUGUGUUUCAAGGGCUCAGGAGAGACUCCGCGUAGUUUCUGAGGAAUUGCAGCAAGAAAAUCUGCAACAAGAUGUAAUAGAUGGAACAGAUAGUCCAGACAAGGAAUCUAGUGUUGAGCUUAUUCAACUGGACAUAUCACGCACAUUUCCAAACUUGUGUAUUUUCCAGAAAGGUGGUCCAUAUUAUGAUAUUUUGCAUAGUCUUCUUGGGGCCUAUGUUUGUUACCGUCCAGAUGUGGGAUAUGUCCAGGGAAUGUCUUUCAUAGCAGCCGUCCUGAUAUUAAAUAUGGAACCAGCCGAAGCAUUUAUCUGCUUUGCUAAUCUUCUCAAUCAGCCAUGUCACAUGGCUUUCUUCAGGCUUAAUCAAACUGUGAUGAAUGCAUAUUAUGCAGCAUAUGACUGUGUGUUCCAUGAGAACCUGCCAAGGCUGCAUGCACAUUUCUCAUCGGCUAAUUUAACAGCUGAUCUCUACCUCCUUGACUGGUUAUAUACUGUCUUUGCAAAAGCUAUGCCACUUGAUGUAGCGUGUCGUGUAUGGGACGUCUUUCUGCGGGAUGGAGAAGAGUUUCUUUUCAAGACUGCACUAGGUGUUCUUCAUCUACAUCAAGAAACAUUAUUACAAUUGGAUUUUCUCCAUGGAGCUCAAUUUCUCACAAGAUUACCAGAGGACAUGUCAGCUGAUAGGUUAUUUCGAUCAAUAGAAUCAAUCCGCAUGUCUGUUGGGAAACUACGUUUCUCGGAGGUGCUUGCCUCCCAUAUAGAACCUAGCUGAGAUACACCAAGAUGGGCAUAUCAAAAAGUCAAAGUGGCAGCCGUGGAAAUAAUGUUAUGACUGACAAGUUUCUUCAAGCAUUGGAAGUUUGUGAAACCUGUGUUCUGACCCACAGUUAGAUCUGGAUGCUAGUGGUAAUAAUAUGCCGCCUCUUUUAUAUAAUAUAUAUAUAUAUGUAUAAAUUGUAUUUUCACUCCAGAAACCUGCCCCUUCCAAGUGCUCCGUAUUCUGUUAUCUUGUUUUUCACUUCUGCCCAUCCCGUGUGUGUUUCAUUUUUUCUCUGAAAACCAGGUAAAACAGAAGACAGUUCAUAUGUGAACUUCUGUAUGUGUACUUCUUGUAUCUUCUAUGCAUUUGUAUGAGUGGUGCUUGAUAUUUUUUGGUCUGUGCAGUGAUAGUUUGCUGACAGAUCUUAUGAAAUUUGUAGAUCAUACAUUGUUUGUUUCAAUUUUUACCACCUUGAUGUACAAAACUAGGUCUGUUAUACUUAAUUCAUUAAAAUUUGGGACAACUUGAGCGGUGAUACUUGCAAAUAACUUCAUUUGCCAUCCAUUAAGAAAUAAAUGGGAAAUUAUUAUUAAACCCAAGUGUGUUUAUUUGGGAGAAGAAUAAUGUUUUAAAUAGUUGUAGAACCACAACAGUGUGUAAAAUAUGUUUAUAUUAUUACAAGAUGUCUUUACUGUUAUUAACCCAAAGAGAAAAAUAUCUUCAGGGGGCUGUUGCAUUUUAUUGAAUAUAGACCAAUGACAACUUUUGUUGAAUAACUGAAUUGUGUUAAUAACAGGUGGUCUUAAAGUUGUUAGUCCUCAUAGUCGUAUAUGAAGUCAUCUGGGAAAACAAUAGUGAUGGGCUUCUUUAUGUUAGUGUUUUACAGUGCAAAAGGCAUCACUUACAUGUAUUGAUUUGCAAUGUGGGAUAUAAAGACCACUACAUUAUCUAAUACAUGUCUUGCAAUAUGAGACCAGCGUGUUGCAGUUUUGCCCCCUUCCCUCUUUCCUACUCCAGUCAUUUACUUCCACUACUAUAGUGAGGCAAGACAAAUCUAUAGGUCGUAUUUAUCUCAUGUUUUUUUAUGAAAAAAGGCUGUAGAGAAUUUUAUUGUAUUUAAUGUCUGAGACAACGAAUUAAGUGUAAUUAAAUUAUAUAAGAAUGUGACACUCCUGUGCAAGAUGUGCUGUAAUCUACUUCAUUUAUAUGUGGUGAUUUCAGAAUCAUCACAGAUUUUGUGUGUGUAAAAUCUUUUGUAUAUCUUAUGAUAUUGUACAAAGAAUUUAUUUUGUAUUAUAUUUGAACAUAAACAGCCACUUUGAUUUCCUGUGUGUGUGUGUGUGUGUGUGUGUGUGUGUGUGUGUGUGUGUGUAAAGCAUGUACAGUAUUUAUAUGAAAUUUUUGUCAAUAUAUGAGAUUUAUUUUGUUGUACAGUAAUAAGGGCAUUUGAAAUUUUUUGCUGUAGUUAAAAUUGAGGGCUCAGAGUGAUAAAAAACUAUUAAGUAUUUAUAUAUGUUUCUUUAUGAGAUAUGUUGUAUAAAAUGCAGAACAUUUAUGGUCUUGUGAAAGGAUGUCUUUGUUCCACAAAUCUGUCAAGAAUCUCUUAUUUUUAUUUGCCAUAUUGGUGAAUUAUUUCAUCCAACAUAAAAGCUUAUUUAUAUAUUUUAUUAGUCAGUUGAAAAUGUUGUUUUUCUCUGUAUGAAGCAGAAUGCUUCCAACAUGAGAAGCAGUGUUAAUAUAUUGUGUCAAUUGCUAAUGUUAACUGACUGUGAAUCUCUUUCUGAAGGUUGUGAAAUUUGACUCCAAAGUUGAAUUUGAAAUGUUAUCAAAUGUUUCAUAUGAUCUUUUGAUGCAUGAGUUCCAUAAAUAAAUGAAAUAUUGUCUACUGGCCUGUUGGAUUUAGGUAGUGAAAACAACACUUGAGUUUAAACUGUAUACAUUUAAAGUCACAUUUUGUGGCUGUUUUCUUUAUCCUGAUGCAUAAUGCAUUCAAUUUAUAUACUGAGUUUGAGAAGUCAGGAAACAAUCUGCAAUGUAAAAGCCAACAUCAUACAGUGCUUUGGUUUUCAAGCUUGCAACUCAGGAAUGUAUGCCAUUAUGUGCAUGGCACCAUAAAAUGGGGCCGGAAAAAAAUUGUUCAGUUAAAAAAUUGUAUUAAACUUAAAAUGGUGCUCUGAAUGAAAUAUGUACAGAAUCUUUGAUCUUUUAUUUUCAUUGAUAUAUAAGCAACAGAGAAUGGUCAACAGAUAGCAAAUGCCUUGGGCAAAAAUGCUCAUAGGUCAGCUGUUCCAAAAGUAAUUUUACGUCUGUCAGUUUCAAGUGUAAUGUCUUCAGUUCUGUAGCGUUGCACUUGGUGAAAACCUGGUAUGACCCAAUAAAUUCUAGGCAUUUAUUAGUGACUUCUUGUUGAUUUUUAGGGAAAUGCAUGUCAGGUGUAUUUGAAAGCAAACUGUUACAAAAUUUGAAUAAAAAUAAUUUCACAUGCUA